AUGGAGGACCAGCUCGUCCAGUACCUGACCAACACGCAGUCGGCGGCCGAGGGCCCGCGCAAGCAGGCGGAACUGGACCUUAAGCACGCCCAGUCCAAGGAAGCGUUCCCCCUCGCCCUCGCCAACAUCGGCAGCCACGCGUCCAUUUCGAUCGAGAUCCGACAAGCCGCGCUCUCGUCCCUGCGCCAGUUCAUCGAGAGAAAUUGGAGCGGCGAGAGCGAUGAAGGCCCCACGAUCCCCAUAUCAGACCCGGUCAAGGAGCAAGUACGAAAUGUGCUCCUGGAGUUGGCGCUGGGCUCGGAUGGCGAGCGAAAGAUCAAGACGGCGGCUAGCUUUGCCGUCGGCAAGAUUGCCAAUGUUGACUUCCCGGAGCAGUGGCCAACGCUCCUGCCCACUUUGCUCAAUGUUAUCCCCAACGGCUCGGACGGCCAAUUACACGGCGCUCUCAAGGUCCUCAGCGAUCUUGUGGAUGAGAGUCUGAGUGAUGAGCAGUUCUUUAGCAUGGCCCAAAGCAUUGUCAAGGUCGUCUACGACGUUGCGAUCAAUGAGGGCCGUAAACCAAUUCUACGUGCUCUGGCCAUCUCUGUCUUCAAGGGAUGUUUCGACCUCAUGGACCAAGUCAAGGACGACCACCCCCAGGAGGUCAAGGGUUUCGCCGAGGAGGCACUCAAGGGUUGGUUCCCAUUCUUCCUGCAGAUCAUGAAAUCACGCUUGCCUGAGCGGGAUGGGCAGGAUGCCAGCCAACCCGAGAGCUGGAAUGGCGUUAUUGCCCUCAAGCUCCAGGUUGUCAAGUGUCUGAUGAAGGUCAAGUCCGUUUUCCCUCAACUCCUCCUUCCCGAAACUCCCCACUUCUUCGGAGCCGCUUGGGAAGAACUGUCGCUGCUGGAGCCCGCCUACGACCAUAUGUAUAUCGAGAAUGAAGCCCAAGGCCGCUUAGAAGACUCGGACGGGCUGCCCUACACGCUAGAUUUCCUUGUCCUCGAAGAGCUGGAUUUCUUGACCGGCUGUUUGAGGGCUUCUCCGGUGCAGAAGCAGCUCGAGGCGGAGCUCGCGGCUCGUGGUGGUGCGCUACACGAAACUCAGUGGGUCUUGGAUCUCAUGAGACUGGCCACCUCGUAUGGACGCAUCGGCCGCGAGGAGGAAGAACUCUGGGAAAUCGACGUCGGCCUCUACUUGGCCGAGGAGACUUCCGUCAGCGCAAACUACACCCCUCGCACGGCUUCAGGCGAUAUCCUGAUCAAGCUGGGUGAAUGGCUGAGUCAGCGGGCCCUAGAGGGUCUUUAUGCUCACACCAAGACUCUGUUCACCGGCGAAACUUCGUGGAGAAGACAGGAGGCUGCUCUAUACUUGCUUAACAUGCUUAUCAGCGACUUCCUGGACACUGGGAAGAAUGUGCCGGCUGAAAUCACUCAAGCCUACCUCGAGUUGGUGAACUACGCAAUCAACAGACCGAAUGAGCCCCUAUUGCGCGCCCGAGGAUACCUAGUUGCAGGCAUGCUUGUGCAGUGUGAUGGGGCAGUUGCAAGUCUAGCGGAACCAACCGUCAAUGCCAUCACAGCCGAAGAAUCCGAGCUCGUUCAGGCUGCGUGCAUCAAGGCCGUCGAGGGUUUCAUCAAGGGUGGCGUCAUUCAACAGCCUGGCCAAGCCACGGUCGUUCAUGCUAUCUCGCAAUGGGUGGCAAGCAAAGAUAUGACAGACAUUGAGGAUGCAGAUGAUCUCUUGGUCACCUUGGCUGAAACUCUUCGCAGCGCUAUCAAUAUUGACAAGCGCAUCACUGUAUCAGCAGAUGUCCCAGCUCUUGAUCUUCUAUUCCUAAUCGCCAAGCACGGCGCCUCCAACUGGCAGGUGACAAUGAUGAUCUGCGAGGCAUUUGAGGAUAUCGUUCAGAGUAUGGCAGAUCCUGCAUCGUACCAUGCUCUGUGCCAAAAAGUCUUGCCAUCUUUGACUGGAGCAUUCGACGUAGCUAACGUCACAUCGGACAACCCACUAAUUACUUUUGCCACGGAGUUGAUGGCUGCCUUGACACAGUAUGGCACGGAGCCUCUCCCCCCUGGUUUUGUGGCAGCUACCCUCCCCAAGUUGAACCGCCUCCUCACAGAGAGUAAUGAGGGAGAAAUCUUGCGACCAGGCGCAGAAUCAGUGAAGUAUCUGCUGGCUCAUGAUCACGAGCAAAUGUUCAAUUAUCAGGAUGAGAGCGGUCGCUCUGGUUUGGAGAUUUGCCUCCGUAUAAUCGACAGACUCCUGGGCCCCAACAUCGAGGACAACGCUGCCUCCGAAGUCGGUGGUCUUGCCGCUGAACUGGUUGAGAAAGCCGGCCGUGAGCGACUGGGACUGUAUCUGGAGCAACUCCUUCAGGCCGUUGCGAAUCGACUAGCGACUGCUGAAGCUGCCACGUUCAUCCAAUCCCUGCUUCUGGUAUUUGCUCGGUUGUCUCUCGUUGGGGCUCAAGAGGUGGUCAACUUCCUCAGCAACAUUCAAAUCAGCGGAGAGAACGGUCUCCAGGUUGUCUUUAGCAAGUGGCUGGAGAACUCUGUCAAUUUCGCAGGCUACGAUGAAAUCCGUCAAAAUGUCAUCGCUCUUUCAAAGCUAUACACUCUUGGCGAUCAACGCAUAGCACAGACCAUGGUCAAGGGAGACCUGAUCAUGCCUACGAGCGACAGAAUCAUGACUCGCUCGCGUGCGAAACAAACUCCCGAUCAAUACACCAUGAUUCCCGCCCCUCUCAAAAUCCUAAAGGUCCUAGUUGACGAGCUCGCUUCUGCCUCUGGUAUGCAGAGCGCUGCGACCGCUGCUGCCGCUGCUGCGGCACAGUUUGUCGAAGACGACAACGAUGAUGACGGCUGGGAGGAUGACCCCGAUACGGUUGAUCUGAGCCUUGGUGGCACCAAGAGCGAUCUUAUGGGCUACUUGGACGCUAACAACAUGCGCAACCGUGAUGAUGAGACUCAGCAGUACUUGGCAGAGUUCUUCAUCCACGCUGCCCGAGAUAACGUCGCCAACUUCAGCGAGUGGUUCCCGGCUCUCACAGACGAUGAGAAGGCUAAGUUGAGCCAGCUAGCCAACGCGCAGAACCAGUAA